CGCCGCUAUAUGACGUCAUGUGCGGCGGCUUCACCGUUCUAAUUCGUGUGCAAAACUGAAAUGGAUUAUAAACGGAAUAAGAACGUGUUCAUCAGCAGACUGACUGGAGAUCAGUGACAGGAUGGAGUGUUCAGAUGAAAAGCAGCCUGACGAGGUGACAGAAGAAGGUGCUGAGGGUCACAAGAAAUCUCCAAAGAGGCAGAAGGAGAUGAGAAGUCGUCGGCGAAGGGAGCAGCUGUGUCCAGGGGCCGAGAGAAGAGGACACGCAGAGUCACGUGACACGUCUGAGACAAGCGAGAGCUCCACGAAGAGACUGGAGAAGUGCAGACGAGCUCACUUCCUCCACGGCCCGUAUCCCAGCACACACUUCGGACCCAAAGCCUGCAUCCUGCCCAACCCGACCUCCAUCAUGCACAUUCAGGACCCAGUGAGUCAGAGGAUGGUGUGGAACAAGCCACCGCUCAACGUGUUGGUGAUCCGCAAGAUCAGAGACGAGAGCCUGCUGGAGCCGUUUAAGGAGCUGUGCAGCUUCUUCAUCCAGGAGAAAGGCCUGAGUGUGUAUGUGGAGAAGAAGGUGGUGGAAGAUGGAGCUCUGAUGGCAGAUGAGUCAUUCUGCAGCAUCAGGAGACAACUGUGCACCUUUAGAGAGGGGUUUGAUGAUAUCUCAGACUGUAUAGAUCUGAUUGUGUGUCUGGGAGGAGACGGAACACUGCUGUAUGCAUCGUCACUCUUCCAGGGCAGCGUCCCCCCUGUAAUGGCCUUCCACCUCGGCUCUCUCGGCUUCCUCACACCCUUUAAGUUCGAGUCGUAUAAGACUGAAGUGGACAAAGUGUUUGCAGGUAACGCUGCUGUGGUGUUGCGCAGUCGUCUGAAGGUGAAGGUACUCAAAGGAUCACUUCAGAGGGUCCAGGAAAACGGCAGUGUUACACACACACACCCCAACCCUGUCACACUACAGCUACAGGUGCUGAACGAGGUGGUGGUGGACAGAGGUCCCUCGUCUUACCUGUCCAAUGUUGAUCUGUACCUGGAUGGACGUCUCAUCACCUCCGUCCAGGGAGACGGUGUGAUCGUGUCGACACCCACAGGAAGCACGGCGUACGCAGCGGCAGCCGGAGCAUCUAUGAUCCACCCCAACGUCCCCGCCAUCAUGGUCACGCCCAUCUGUCCUCACUCACUCUCCUUCAGACCCAUCGUAGUGCCGGCCGGGGUCGAGCUCAUGAUCGCUCUCUCUCCUGAAGCUCGGAACACAGCGUGGGUUUCCUUCGAUGGCAGGAAGAGACAGGAAAUCCAACAUGGAGACAGCAUUAAGAUCACUACGUCGUGUUACCCAGUUCCGUCUCUGUGCUGUCACGGGCUGGUGUACGACUGGUUCGAGAGUUUAGCCGAGUGUUUACACUGGAACAUCCGCAAGAAACAAACACAUCUGAGCGACGCCUCGGACUCCACCGACACUGAUGCCUGACACACACACACACACACACUCCACGACACCUGACACACACACACAGCUGUAUGAAGACCUGUAAUCUGUGUAAAUUAGCUGUUAAAUGAUCAUAAAGGCUUUAGUGAUAAUGUCUUAGUAUAUUUAAUUGUGUGUGUGUUAAGUGUUGAUGUGACAUUCAGGGUGGUGUUAAAGUGCAGUGACUCAGUAACACAGCGCCCCCCUGUGGACAACCUGCUCAACCAAGUCCUGACAAAACAGACAAACUCUUACACCGCAGUCCUACUUACUGUUCAUGAUAAGUGCAGAAUAAGAGGAAUAAAGCGACAGAGCCCAGCA